AUGGUUCGUCUUACACCUGAAGUAAUUGAAGUCGCUUCACAAUAUCUUAAUCCUAUAGGUCAAUAUGAACUUUGUUUACGAGAUUUAAAAAUUUCUGUUAUUGAAAAUUUGGGUGCAACAUUAAAUCAAUUUGAUACAAUUGAUUUUACCAAUAAUGAUCUACGUAAACUUGAUGGAUUUCCAUUUUUACCAAAAUUAAAAACAAUUUAUCUUGCUAACAAUCAUAUAACACGUAUCGCCGAAAAUAUUCAACAAUACAUUCCAAAUGUAGACACACUUAUGCUAAAUAAUAACUUGUUACAAGAAUUAACAGAUAUCGAUCCAUUAUUUACAUUACCAAAAUUAACUCAUGUUAGUUUUGCCAGAAGUCCGAUUGCAAUGAAAAAAGAUUAUCGACUUUAUGUUAUUCAUAUAUUACCACAUUUACGUACAUUAGAUUUUAAUCGAAUAACUCAAAAAGUAAUUGAAUAUUUAUUUGAAAUACUUAGAGCAUAUCAAAAGUAG